ACUACAAAUUCCAGCAUGCUUUGCGAAUUCGGCGGACACUGUCCCCCGCACCAGCAGUGUGAUGAGCAUGUCACUGUGCCUCCCACACAGUCAGGACUGCAGCAGAAUGAUCACAGAUCAGGAACAGAAGCAAGAGGAGGAAUUUAUUGCAGUCAGAGUGCAAGACCCCAGAAUUCAAAACAAGGUGUCCUGGUGCUCUCGAACAGCAAGGCUUUCACUGCAAAGACCUCUUGCGUGCGCCGGAGAUAUAGCGAGUUCGUCUGGCUGAAGAAGCAGCUGCAGAAGAACUCUGGCUUAGUGCCAGUCCCAGAGCUUCCACCCAAAACCCCCUUUUUCAGUGUUAACAACGAGGACUUCAUAGAGAAGAGACGGCAGGGGCUCCAGCAGUUUCUAGAGAAAGUGGUGAACAGGACUGUGUUCCUGUCGGACAGCCAGCUUCACCUCUUCCUGCAGACCCAGCUCUCUCCAGCGCAGAUCGAGGCCUGCGUUCAGGGACACGCCCCCUGCAGCGUCACUGCAGCCAUCCUCCACUACGCUUCGUCCAAUCAGGGCUGGGUGCAGGAGGAAGAGGGCGUGGCCACGGAGGAGGACUGCGAGCGCACCCUCCCUGUCUUCUAUGAGUCACCUGACAGCCCCGCCCCUCGCCUCCAGUCCAGCGAAUGCGAAAGCAGCUCUGAGAUCAGCCUGGCGGAGAGCGAUGCCCACACUGGAUCUGACGACCAAUUGGAUAAUAGGGACUGAACUUUUUAGCACGGCUAGAUUCCAAACACACUAAAUACACACAAGAGAAAACUUGAAAAAAAAAAAAAAAAAAAAAAAAAAAGUGGUCAUUUCAUUUCUAAAUCAUCUUCUGUCAGUGAACUAAGAGAUCUCAAGCUAAUAUGUAAACAAUAAGGGAUCAUUGGCAGGAGAGAGGGACCUGCAGUGU